UGAGCUAGAGAACAGCGUUGUCUAACAAGGUCUGGAAAAUGUCGCCUCAGCGAAAUGAGACCAAAUUCAUCAGAGACUAUGACACUCUGUGGAAGGAUCUGCUCAGUCUUCAAGAGAGGAAACCGUAGGAAGAACAGAGUCUGUGCUCACCCUCCAAAGGAAGGGGUACACCAGAGAAACAGUGGCUAUCCCCACCAGGAGAAAAAAGCAGAAACACAGACAGAGGAGCUGGAUGAAAAUGAAUCUCAGGUCUGUUUCUACAACUUGAGGAACCUCAGAGAAGGAAACAGCACUUCUCUGGUGCAGGAGGCAACUGACAACUUGUGUGCCUUGGCCAAGAUCAAGAUGGCUGGGGUCCUGCAAGCCAUCUGCAAAUAUCGCCAGAGCAUCCACAAGAUCUCUCCAAAACAUCGAUUGCGUAUUAAUCAGAUCCUACAGGUCGUGAUCAGAUCAGCCAGUAGCAUAAACUACAAACUAGCUAAUGUCAUCAUCAGACUGGCUGCUGAAGAUAUGCUGAGGACCACAGAUCUUCAAGAUCUGUAUCAGGAUGCUGCUGGCGACAUCCUGGUGGCUCUCUGGAAUCACUUUCCUGUGGAAGUGCUGACCAAGCUGCUGGAAGGGUUUCAAGGCCGACUGCUCCCAUACCGCAGCAUCCUCUGUGUUCUGGGGAAACUGGCAAACACAGCCUUUUCUGAGAGCGACUCCUUGAAGACUGCCAUUUGGGAGCAAAAGCUAGUGGAGUUUGUGGAACGGCUGUUGAUCGAUGUCACAGACAAGGCUUGCCUUGAGGAACUCAGGCGGGAGCUGCUGAAAGUGGACCCUGCAUACAACAGCCGAAGCCCUGAAAAGGUCUUCCUCUAUCAAUAUUAUGGCGCCAUAUUGCGUGCCUCAGAUGACUCUCAGCUGGUCGAAGAGCACCUCUACACUGUCCUGGCCAUGUCUCACAGGGGACCUUUUGAAGCGAAGGGCAUAGCCUCUGCCGUUGGCUUGGCUGCAUCUCGCCACCUCGAUGAAGUCUUUCAAGUUCUGGAAAUUUACAGCAAGAGUGCUCACAGUGAAGAGACCUAUACGUCAAACAGCAGCCAGUGCGGCAAGUGGAGCACCCUCCUCCUGUGCUAUGGACAAGUGGCCCUGAGCAUUAAAGAGGAAGUUCUCCCUAGAGCCGAGUUGAUUGUGUCCAAAAUGAUUGAGUACUUCACCAUCAACCCCUUGGACAUAAGUCUCAAGAAGAGCCUUUUGAUUGCUGUGCUGAUGUUCCUUGAGGCCAUUUCUGCGACAGGCAAAGCGCAGGAGAUACGGCUACACAUGAAAGCACCACUCGUGGAAUGCCUUAUCGUGCUGAUAGAAAGAGAACCCACGUCCAUUUUGGCCGACACUGUGCGUCAGGAUGCGAUGUAUAUCGUUAAGGAACUGAGCAAACUGAAGCCCCUCCUUGAGUCAGAAAAGAAAAACAUCCUCCUCUGUGUCUCUUUCAAAAGUGUCCUUGGUCUGGCUUCACUUGCCAGCCUUGAAGGGCAAUUAUCCGGGGUAGAGGAGGAGGCCGCUCAAGACAUCCAGGGCCUCUACUAUCAGACCAUGAACAGUUUCGAAGAGAUGCUGCAGGCUUUACUGUUGGAGAAUCCGUGUCCACUUGAGCUGAAGCACAUGAUGGAGCUCAUGGAACCAUGGAUAAGGUCAGCAUUAGACCAUGAGCGUGAGAGAGCAGUUGAGACGGCAAUGAAGUUUUUGAGAUUUAUAGCUGGCCAUGUCUUCUUCGAUCUGUCUCGGGAAUUCAGCAAGCUGGCCCACCUCACCGCAGUUCUGAUCGGUCUGUGCAAUGAUCCGGUGCAGCACGUCAGCUGCUGUGCGGUGCAAGGAGUCAGCUGCCUCUGUGAGGUUCUGUUACGCCAGAAGGAGCUCAAGGACCUCAAGCAGAAGAGGCGGAAGUGGUUUGGGAAGAGAAGCUCCAAGCCGGAGGAAGAGGAAAGCCUGUCUCUCCUGAGAGUCGACAGCAGCUGGCACGUUGCCACGCCUCACAGUGACCUGCUCUUCUCAUCUCAGCUGACCAACCUCCUGCUCUCUGUUCUGGAUAGCUUGAAAGGGUCUGACGCGGGGCUGCUGAAGGCGGCGGAAGAGGUCCUCAACGCUAUUGUGGAGAACCACGCCAUGAAGAUCAGAAGGGUGGAAGACGUCAUGGGGGCCAUCUACUGCUGCCUCCAGCUCGGCCAGUCUUCCUACUGGACCCGGAAAGUCGUGCUGAGGGCCUUGGGCUUCUUGUUGCCGUCUCACAUGGAGGAAGUGCUGCGAAGCUGCCUGUCCUUUUCAAUACCUGUGAACAGGCAUGCCAAUGAGCUCUGGACAGCCAUGGCUACUGGCCCCCAGGUGGCCACGCAGGUCCUGCAGCUCCUGCUCAAGAAUCUCCAGGUCAAGAAUCCUUUGGAGGGUGAUGAAGACAUCGCCACCAUGUCCUUAGCUGCCAUGAAUGUCAUCCACGAGACCUUCCGCAUUCCUGGGUACCGAACAGCCCUGGCAGAGAUGCACCUUCAGCUAUUCAUCCCUUUGCUCAAGCAGGUCCUUUAUGUGAUGCAGAUGAACUUGCCUGAUUCUUUGAAAGCCAGGCAGGACAUAAUCCUGAAAGAAAACCCUGAGGCACUCAGCUUCCAGAGCACUUCAGUCGAGAUAAUCAAGAAUCUUUUCUCAGUGGCUGGGGACUGGGUGGUGUAUGCCUGCAUUGAGUUCCAGCAAGGGUGGGUGGUUCUGAGCACUCCCCAGCAAUUCUUACAAGGCACACGCCUCCUGGCCAGGGCCAUGACCGAGUGUGACAGCCCACAGAUCCCAGGGAUCUUUGGAGAGGCCGCCCUCAUUCUUAACAGUGAGGAGGAUGAGCUGAAGAAGAUGACGGCUUUGGCUCUCGUGAUUGAGUUCCUCAAGAGUCCCUCUGCUGUCAAGAUGAUGAACCGGUUCAACCUCAAGGAGCAUCUUCAGGAAGGCAUGGCAGCCUCCAACCCGGUCAUCAAGGACCUCUGUGUGAAAGGGCUCUGCAGUUUUGUUUUCCAGCAAGAGAAGGUGAAGCUCCUGCGUGAUCAGCUGCCAGCACUGAUGGAGUCCGUGUUCAGCGGGCAGGAAGGGCACGUGCUUGAGGGGCUCGAGAGCAUCAGGACUGCCGUCUAUGAGAUGGAUGGGCAGGGGGUCGGGCCCCUCUGUGUGGACCUUGCUCUCAACGUCCGAUCUUUUUUUGAGGAUGAAAGAGCCGUCGUCCGGGCGAGCGCCUUCUCCUUGUUUGGGCAGCUGGUGGUGAGAGCCAAGGAAGCCGACAAGGCCGUCCUGAGGAAGGAGGUCGAGUACAGCCUGCUCCCACUGCUGCUACACUUGAAAGACCAGGAUGUCCGGGUUGCUCUGAGUUGCAAACUGACCUUCUUGCACUGCGGUGUCUUCCUGGGAUGGCCUCACCUGAAGCUGAUGUUCCGCAGCAUGGCCUGGGAGGACCUGCACAGCUGCCUGGUGGAUGCCUGGAAGUAUCUGAUGAGAAACAACCAUGACAACAUACAUGUUUUCAUAUCCCAGGCCUUGGAAUAUCUCCAUCAUCCCCGGACUGAAAUAAGGCACGCUGCAGCACGAUUCACCGGUUGCACUCUCAACUAUUACAGCUCAGAGCUAUCAAAAAACCUGGAACAGGAGGACAUCGUCUACCUGAACAAAGUUUUCCAGGAGAUGGAAUCGAGCCCUGAUCGAAGCAUGGUGCGCUUUGCCAAAACGUACCGGGUGGUUCUGCAGAAACUGUCUGUGAAGCGGAGGUUAGCUGGAGCUGGUGAGAAGGAUGGCCAAGACACUGAGAGCCGCGGUGGAGAGAAACAGCCCGGUGAAUGGGAAAGCCGGGCAUCCAGCCCGCUACUACUGUUGCGGCCAGAAUCCCCAUGGCCAGAAGGACCACCGAGGCUGGAAGGGACUGAUUUCCUUGGCAUGCAAAGCCCCAGGCGAUCCAGGCGACCACUCCUCCAGAGAGGUAACCCGUCUUGCGAACCCGGAGACCAAGACCAGGGGCUUUCACCAGAGGCUGCACCCAAGAGUUCCUCUUCCAGGAGGAGCACCAGCGCCGAAAGGAAGCCAAGCCCUGUGCCCCAAGGGGACCACCUGAGCCGGGGGGACAAUCGACCCUAAAGAAGGAGAAGCCCUACAGCUGUCCCCUUCAGCCUCAGGGCUACUGAGUAAGCAGGAGACGCCAAGGGCAUCAUCAUCAUUAUCAUCUGCUGCUGCUGCCACCAAUAUCACGACUAUAGUUCUCCAGAAGGAACAGAAACGAAGACUGAUCCUGACUUGAUGUUUUGUUCGGUUCUUCACUGGACUGAUACAUCCACUUAGGACAGAUACAACUGCCCAGAAGUUGCGCACUCUGCUUGGCACGCACCAGCACCAAAAGGUGUCAGGUUCUGUAACUCGUGUCCCCCCACUCUACUGUCUUUGACUGCGGCGAGGUUUUGGCCACAUCCUCAUGAACCAGUAUCUUGCGUGCUUGGGCAGGGGCUUAGCUCCACCAUGCCUCUGUCGUUGCACUUGAUAAACAAAACUUUAUGGAUCAAAUACCACUAACAGAACUUGAGAAAGCUGCCUCAUGGCCUUUCAAUGGGCAACGGCUUCCAGUGAUGUUUACUCAAGAGAGGUAACUAGCUAGUGCUGGUUGAACGUGUGUAAGGGUAGAGGGGGCCCCUCCUGAGACAGAGUACUCUGGGGUACAGGCAGCCCCUCAAAGGGUGUGUUGGGGGAUGUAGCGCCCACCCCACCCCCACCCCUUUAAAAAAGGGGGGGUUUCCAAGCCUUUUUUUGUAAUCACCGAAAGGCACUGCACUCUUCACCAGAGACGGCUGAACUCUCCUCCCCGCUUGGCUACCGGCCGCAGGUGGGCGGCUCCUGCAGGUGGGCAAGGGGGGGGGAGAUCAAAGGAGGGGCAAGAGGGCCGGAGGAGCCUUUCCAGCCAAAGAAUAGCACACACCCCUCAGCUUUUAUUACAGUCCCAGGAGCGCUGAUUUGGGCUGUAGUUAGAGUACAACUGGUACCAUCUGACUUAACUGACCCUGGCUGGGGGAGUUACUGGGAUUUAAAGUGCACCAACCUUUGGGCCCCGCUCCUGCCUCAUCUAAGGUGUUGUCCAGAUGGCCUCUGGUUUUGUUUGAAGGUGCUGGUGAGGGUACAGCAGGGCAUGCCAAGGCGUCAUUCAGAGUGAGGGCACCUGAAAAUCACCAGCCAGCUGGCGUGGCCCUGCAGUGACAGAGGAUGCCACAGGACACCAGUCCUCCCCACCUGCCCCCAAAGUCCAGCUGCCUGGCUAAAGCCAGCCUUCAUAAAUUGGACGGUCUGUGAAGAUAUGGUAGAGUUCAAAAUGUGGAUUUAAUGUUUCCUUACAGACUGCUUGAAGUUACAAGCUAGAUAUACCAGUUUAAAAAUAAAACAGUACCUCUACCCGCCGGAGUCACUUCAGUUUCUCCAAUAUAGGACGCUGUGCGUCAUGAGGCAGUGCAGCUUUCCUCCUGCCUCUUUAACUCCGGAGAAGGAGAUGA